AUGAACAUCUUUUUCCUCCUAGUGAGCUGCCUUAUGUUCGCCUUUGUGCCUGUCUUCUGGAAAAAAGUUUCUGUUGCAAGUGAAGUGCUUUUAGAUAAAGAUCAAAGACAGGGUCCAUAUGUAGACCCGCUGGACUGCCCAAGAAAUAGAAACAGUGUCAAAAUGUCAUCAAAUUCGACUUCUCUUGCACUAGUAAGAACUACUGGGUAAACUAAGAGCAACAGUAAUAAGAGUUUUCCAGUUAACAGCUUCUCUUGGGAUAUUUUAAAUAAUUUCCCAAACUCCAUAGCCAUGCAGAAGCGGAUAUUGAUAAGCCUCAGUAUCACGGAAUACAAGCUGGCUGAAUUGGAACAUAUUGUAGUUACCAAAGGUUUAAAUGGUGCAUUAGUUAACUGGAAAUCCACUGAAAACCUUACAGAAUGUAAUGACGGUGACAGUUGA